AUGGAACCUUGCAAUAAGGAUGGCCUUGACAAACUAGACCUCAUCCAGGCAAAAUGCUUGAGGAUUAUACUUGGCGCUAUGAGGUGUUCUCCGAAGAAUGGCAUGCAGGUAGAAAGUGUUGACCCUCCACUGGCUCUCCGCAGACAGUAUCUUGCGGACAGAUUCUUAAUCAAGAGCAGCUCAUACUAUAGCCACUUGAUGCUUCCACGCUUGUGGCCGCUGGCGCUGGAGGUCACUGAAAACAGAUAUUGGACUUUUAAAGUUUUCCCAAGAACAGUAAUAUCUUUUUCCAAAUUAAUUAAUAUCUACCCCAAUUUAUAUAAAUCCGGUACUAAUCCCAUAUUUGAAGUAGCAUUUGAAACCCUUAUAUAUACUCCUAAAGUAAUAUUAGAUAUAGGCAUUUUCAAAAAUGAUCCAGGAGCAAACAAUAAAUUCAAUAAAUUUUUAGAAAAAUGGUCAAAUUACUUACCGAUGUUUACUGACGCUUCCAAGAUGGAUGCGACCAGUUGCGUGGGAGCAGCAGUGUGGAUUCCUCGAUACAAUAUAGCUCUCCCAUUUAAAUGUCCUCCACAAUCUUCAAUUUUUACAGGCGAAGCAGUUGCUAUCCUUGAGGCUGUCAAAUAUGCAGAGACACACAACAUUAGUAAAGCUAUUAUUUUUACUGAUAGUAAAAGUUGCCUGCAGGCUAUUAUUGGCAACCAAUUUAAAAUGAAAAUAAAGUUCCCUUUGAUUUUAGAAAUCAAAACCGUACUUCGCAGGUGUGAGUCAAAGGGUCUAACCAUAGUUCUGAGUUGGAUUCCUAGCCACUGUGGCAUUAAUGGCAAUGAGAUGGUUGAUACAUGGGCAAGGCAAGCUAUCGACAUUGGUUCAGUGAAAUCGGUAAUUUACAGUACUGACCUUUUGAGUGGCGCACUCGCAGACAUGUUUGCCACAUGGCAGGAGCAAUGGGAUAUCUCGAAAUUGCAGACGGGCAAGCACUAUGGAUGUGUGCAACCUCGUAUCACUCGGAAGCCGUGGUUCUAUCGUUUUCGUAAUUCUCCUAAAUGGGUUAUAUCCACAAUUUGCCGGUUACGAUUGGGAAAAGUAUGCACUCCGUUAUUUCUGGCUAUGAUUGGUGUCCGCGCGAACUCAUUAUGCCAAUGCGGGCAAGAGGAGGGUUUUCCCUUCACAUCCUUCAUAAAAAAUAAAAAAAAAUAAAAAUACCGAACAUUCUCCUCACGUGUGAAAGUCAAAGCUACGA